AUGCGGAACUUCUUUCUCAGUCUUACGUCUGUAGACCCAGAACACACAAACUUCACCACUGUCGCCUCCUCCCUCAGCUGCAACAACCUCAAUGCCACCGCUGAGAUCGACUGCCUCCGCGCCGUCCCCUUCACGGAGAUCAUAUCUUUCCUCAAGACACGCCUGUGCCCGGAUACUGUGCAAUCUGCGAUCCGCUCUGGAAAGUAG